AUGAAAGAUUCAGGGAACGGGAAACCAAAGGCAGGAGAUUUACAAGAGCGAAGGAGAGGCCUGGAGGCCGGGCGCUUUCCGACCGGGUCUCCCACCUCUCAAUGGGUCGCCGACAACGAAAACUUUCCCCCGACCUGUGAAAUCAAAACAAACCCGGUAGUAUACCCUCAACAUGCAAAGCUCACAGAUAAAGAGAAAACCAAUAUUUGCUAUUUGUCUUUCCCAGAUUCCAAUUCAGGUUGCCUUGGAGACACACAAUUUUGUUUUAGAUUCCGACAGUCUUCUGUCAGAAAGCUCUCAUGGCAUUGUUUUCUGGACCAGUUUGACAGAGAUCUUCCUAUUUAUUUAAAGAAGGAUCCUGCAUAUUAUUAUGGUUAUGUAUAUUUUAGGCAAGUCCAAGACAAAACGUUAAAAAGAGGCUACUUCCAGAAGUCCUUGGUUCUGGUUAGCAAGCUGCCUUAUAUCCACUUUUUCCACAUUGUGCUUGGACACAUUGCCCCGGAGUAUUUUGAGAAGAAUGACCCUUUCUUGGAAGCAGCUUGUAGUGAUAUUGAUCGGUGGCCAUCACCAGUCCCAGGGAAAACUCUACAUCUUCCUAUUAUGGGUAUUGUAAUUAAGGUACGGAUUCCUACAUGUCAUGACAAGCCUGGAACAACUGAAGCAUUGCAGACUGCACACAAGCCAGCCACACAGAUCUCCAUUGCUUUGCCUACUGUCCAUGAAGUGGAUCUGUUCAGAUGUUUCUCGCCAGUGUUCUUUCACAUCCAGAUGCUGUGGGAGCUAGUGUUGUUAGGGGAACCGCUUGUUGUCAUGGCACCCUCUCCAUCUGAGUCUUCAGAAACUGUGUUGGCUCUUGUAAGCUGUAUCUCGCCUUUGAAGUACUAUAGUGAUUUCAGGCCUUACUUUACAAUACAUGACAGUGAAUUCAAAGAAUAUACGACCCGUACACAGGCCCCGCCUUCUGUCAUAUUAGGAGUGACAAAUCCAUUUUUUGCUAAAACACUGCAGCAUUGGCCACACAUCAUCCGAAUAGGAGACAUCAAAUUGUCAGGUGAAGUCCCGAAGCAAGUGAAAGUGAAAAAGCUGAAAAACUUAAAGACCUUGGAUUCUAAACCUGGUGUUUAUACAUCUUAUAAGCCAUACUUGAACAGAGAUGAAGAAAUCAUAAAACAGUUGCAAAAGGGAGUGCAACAGAAGCGUCCUGCAGAAGCCCAAAGCGUAAUCCUUCGACGUUAUUUCUUGGAACUGACCCAAAGCUUCAUUAUUCCUCUAGAAAGAUAUGUAGCAAGUUUGAUGCCUCUUCAGAAGAGCAUAUCACCUUGGAAGAGUCCACCGCAGUUGAAACCAUUCAAUCAAGAGGAAUUUAUGAAAACUCUAGAGAAAGCAGGGCCACAGCUUACCUCUAGAUUAAAAGGAGACUGGAUAGGAAUGUAUAGACAUUUCUUGAAGUCUCCUAACUUUGAUGGUUGGUUCAGGACACGACGGAAGGAAAUGACCCAGAAGUUGGAAGCGCUACAUUUAGAAGCACUAUGCAAUGAGGACUUGCUGUUCUGGAGUCAAAAACAUACUGAAGUAGAAACAGUGGACCUUGUCUUAAAAUUAAAGGAUAAACUGACUGAUGGAGAAAACUUACCGGUGAAACCUGGGAUAAUGGAAAAGUUACAGAUGCACAUUGAUUCAAUUAUACUGGCGUUACCAGAAGAUUUGCAGGGUAUCCUGAUCAAAACUGGCAAAACGUGACAAACUGAAUGUUAUGCAGCCGCAUAUCCCGUGACACACAUUUCAAAGGUGCAGACAAGAUUUGUUUGGAGAACUGCAGAUGUGCAGAACGUUUUGUAAUAAAAACAAACUUUGCUGCUUCAAAAAGUUUUAAAGCAGACCUUGACAAAUUCAUCCUGAAUACUGAAGGAAGUGAAACAUUUUAUUGUCACUAAUGUGUAAAAAUUAAGUGCUCUUAAUGGUAAAUCAGCUUGCAUCUUACAUUUCUACCGUGUGGGACUAAAGUAAAGAACAGGCAUUGCUGAACUUAUGAGUUGGUGCUGCUCUGCCCAAUCCCAUAAAACUCAGGGGAAGCAAUAUUUUGGUUUCAAAAACGAUCUUGCUUAAAGUGAUAACUGGUAGUCUUUACUGAGCACUUUUCCUUAGAUUGUUUUUAAUUCCCAUUACCAGCCAAAAACAUUGCCAAAACAUAGCAGCUUUGUGACUUCUGAAUUUAGCAGCAAUUGAGAGCACGGUCCACACUCCUCCUCUGGGCUUGUGCACUCUCCUCCUCCCAUGGCUGGAGACAGGGCAGUUUUUUUCAUGUAGUCUGAAUGAUUACUACUAAUCAUAGCUUGCUUCCAUAUCAGGGGUUGGAAUAGGCUUCAGACUCAGGUUCAGAGCAAACUGUGGUUUGACUGAUUUGAGCCACAUGACAAACUGUGAUUAUCUUCAAACCCUGAAAUGGGGAAUGAAACCCUGGGUGUGCUUCCAAUUGCAAUGAGUCCAUGAUCUUGGAACUAAAGUGGUGAUUUAAGGUUUUCCUUAUUUGAUCACAGUCUGUUCUGCAGUGCACGGGGAGCAGCUGAAGAAUGAAGUAAUCCAUUUAAUUUCCCUAUGAUUUAUAUGUUUUUUAAUUGAGUUUUAUUAAAGGGUACUUCUCAUUAAAUGUCUUAGACAUUUCCCAUCGUGGUAUCUAAUUUCGAACAGUACUAAAAUUAAAAGGUGAAAAAUUAACUCAAACUUAUAUAUGAUGUUCCUUUCAGAAAAUGCAUGCCAUACCCAAUACCAGAUCAUCACACACAGAGAAAAACUGCUGUGGUGAAACAUGUCCUGCUAAGUGGAUGAUUAGGGGCUGUGUCCUCUAAUCAGUCCGUUGCUGGGGAGCGGAAAAUAAGAGUGACUUGCAAACAGCUUGCUCUCAAAUAGGAGUAUCACAAUAAUAUUCAAAUCAAGCUAACCUCAUCACUCCUGUGUGGUAGGUCUAAGGGAUUUCCCCCUUCCAUGUCACCAUUUUGUGCACUUUAGGCUGAUCUAAAAACUCAUGCAGAGACAUACUGAUAGUCCUUGGGUAGAAAUUUUCUGUAGGAAAAACCAAAUCACUGUCCACUUAUUUGGUGAUUUGUAUCAUGACAGGAUAGAUCUGAACUGUUUUUAUAAAUAGUAGAGUAGGGAGGAGGAAGCAGUCCUAACUGGUAUUUCUUAUCUUUUUCUAAAGAGUGUAAACCACAACUAAUAGCAUGCAUACUAUAAAUAUGCAUAAUGAGCCAUUUCGGAUUGGCAAUAAAUUUUUGCUAAACAUAAAUCUAUUAAUUUCCUAAGAACAUAAAAAUGUCAGCAGCACUCUGUGUGAAAUGGGACUGGGAGGAAUUCUUCCAAGAAUGUUACAGCAGUAUGGAUGUGUGUACAUCACUGCUAGGAAGUGAAGGCAAAAUUGCAUUGGGUAGUGAUAUGUUUGGAUAAGAAGAGGCCAUGAUACAGCAAGUCUGUAACUGAAAACUUCCUUUGUGUGAUUUUUUGGUAUUGUUAUUUCAAAUCUUUCAUUUUAUGUAUAAACUGCCCUCUGUACUGUAAGAAGAUAUAUAUUUUAAUAUUCAUUUGUAGGAAUUCCAAACAAGAAGAUGACAUUGGAUUGUGUAAAAUCCAGCUAGACAAUUAUGCCACUUAUUUCAUUUAUCAUACAGUUUGUUUUGCACAACUGAUACGUAGCAUUUUUAAAUAUGGCCACUAACACAAUUAUCUUCAUUAACUGAAGCAUUACAUAGUAUGUUGGAACUGGCUACAUUAGCUUAUUUUCAAGAUGUAUUUUUAAAGAAAAUAAACACCACUUUUGCAGAAAAA